AUGGCAACAUUGGAUAUUAAAGGAACAUUAACUCGACUAAUUAAAGAGUUAACCAAGGCCAGGUAUUUUCUGACCGUUGGACCCGACGAACUUCCCUUAUCUUCCCCAUCUUAUUUAUCUUCAAUUGUUUCUUCCGACGAAGGCACUUAUUCGGUUUCGG